UCUUACGUACUUAUUCCCGUUGAUGAGACUGAAGAUCAGACGAGAGUAGUGGAAAACUGAUUCUUUAGUUCCCCUGAAUGAUCAUAUCACGAAAUUUUAGGAUUUUAAUGGUGGACGAUCUACGCAGAAAAGAGUUUCCCUUUCUCAAGAAUCAGGAGUUCCAGACUUCGAAGCGCCAACAACCUUUAAAUUUAUAAGAUCGCCGAUGAAUUGCGAAGGCCCAGUGAAUCGCAGAAGAUCCUGCAAGAAACCAAAAUUGAUGGAGGAAAUGGCAAUCCCUUCGAUUGAGGCAGUAGUGGACGUUGAAGAUUUCAAUCAUUCACCCAUCUGGAAUGAGGGCACAAGCAAAUCCAAUGCAAUCUGCGUCGAGCAAUACACCCACGACCUCCACGUGGACCUGGACCUCGCGAUCAUGGCUUCUCUAGGCACACCAACGCCUGCCACGAAAAUCUUCAUCGACCUUUCCGAUGGUGAUGACGAUGACGAGGUUAGAAUUCUCAGGUUUAAACCUAAGAGCACCCCUUUCAGGGAACGAAGGAGGUCAACGGCUCCUGCUGUUUUCACUGUCGAAACAGGGGAAUCUUCCAAUUCUGUUCAAUUUGUUUGCGAAAUCUGUACUGAAAGCGUGACUGGAAACGAGUCGUUUAACAUCAGUGGCUGCUCUCACGCUUAUUGCAGAGGCUGUGUGAUUAGGUAUGUGGAAUCUAAGCUACAAGAAAAUAUUGUGAACAUUAGAUGUCCAGUGACAGGGUGUGUUGGAUUGUUGGAGCCCGAGGAUUGCCGCGGGAUUCUUCCUCCGGAAGUGUACAAUAUGUGGGGCAAUGCCUUGUGUGAGGCUGUCAUACUCGCGGAAGAGAAGUUUUACUGCCCAUAUAAGGACUGUUCUGCGCUACUGAUUGAUGAUGGAGGAGAAAGGACCAUCACAGAGUCGGAGUGUCCCAACUGUAGGAGACUCUUUUGUGCGCAGUGUAAGGUGCCGUGGCAUUCAGGAAUUGAUUGCGCUGGGUUUCAGGAACUGAGCAAGGACGAGAGAGAGAAGGAAGAUAUUAUGCUGAUGCAACUCGCUCGGAACCGUAAGUGGAGGAGGUGUCCCAAAUGUAGGUUCUUCGUCGAAAAGUCUAAUGGUUGUAUGUAUAUGAAAUGCAGGUGUGGAAUUGCCUUCUGUUAUAAUUGUGGUACUCUUUCAAGAGAUCAUUCCCAUCAUUGCUAUAAUUGUAGACGCUGAUAACGACAUUUGGAGUAUAUAUACGCUCAUAUUCUAUGAUUUUGCCCACUAGAAGUUCAUGUCUAAAUAUAGAAGACUACUAGUUCACUACCUCCUCUCCUAUCCUCCAUGAUGGGAAUUUAUGUCUAUUUUGAGAACAAAAUAGCUACUUGGUAACCAUUGAAGUGAUGUUAUUGAAUAUUGUGGCUACAAUUUAUAACUUAUUUCCUUCUA